GCCUUCUGCGGAAAGUCUCUCAAAUAGAACACCCAGGAAUACUAAAAUCUGAAUCAGAGGAAGCUUGCAGAAUCAUGGAGCGCUUUACAAGCAUGAAAGGAGCCUGUUUGCUAUUGAUGUGCAGAUCUGCCAAUAAGUCUUACCAGGAGGUCCCCUCACCAUGUGGCUGUACCUGGCAGUCCUCGUGGGCCUGUACUACCUCCUGCGCUGGUACCGGGAGAGGCAGGUGGUGAGCCACCUCCAGGACAAGUUCGUCUUCAUCACGGGCUGUGACUCGGGCUUCGGGAAUCUGCUGGCCAGGCAGCUGGACCUGCGAGGCUUGAGGGUGCUGGCUGCAUGUCUGACGGAGCAGGGCGCCGAGCUGUUGAGGAACCAGACGUCCGACAGGCUGGAGACGGUGAUCCUGGACGUCACCAAGACGGAGAGCAUCGCUGCGGCCGCCGAGUGGGUGAAGGAGCGUGUGGGGGACAGAGGGCUCUGGGGUCUGGUCAACAACGCAGGCACUUUUCCGAGGCACGGCUGCACUGAGUGGCUGAAGAUUAAGACCUACAUGAACACCCUCCAAGUGAACCUCAUUGGUUUGAUAGAGGUGACCUUGAGCAUGCUUCCCUUGGUACGGAGAGCACGGGGUAGGAUUGUCAAUGUCUCCAGCAUCCUCGGAAGAAUCGCUUUCUUUGGAGCAGGCUACUCUUGCUCCAAGUAUGGAGUGGAAGCCUUUUCAGACAUUCUGAGGCGUGAGCUUCAACAUUUUGGGGUAAAAAUCAGCAUCAUUGAACCUGGCUACUUCAGAACAGUGAUGACAGAUGUGCAGAAGUUCUCAGAGACGAUGAAGCAAGUCUGGAAAGAAGUCCCUGCGCAUAUUAAGGAGUCCUAUGGACAGAAGUUUUUUGAUAGCUAUUUCGAUGACAUGAAACAAGGGAUAUUGAAUUGUAGCACAAACCUGAACCUGGUCACUGACUGCAUGGAACACGCUCUGACAUCUGUGCAUCCCCGUACUCGAUACUCAGCUGGCUGGGAUUCUCAAUUUUUCUUCAUCCCUCUCUCUUACUUACCUACAUCACUGGCAGACUACAUAUUGACUAGAUCUUGGUCCAAACCAGCCCAGGUGGUCUAAAGAAGACUGGUUUGGUGGCUCUUGAAAUGAAGAAGACAGAAAUCUGAAAGUGAUUGUUAAUGUCCCAAUAACCCUUAUGUAUCACUUAUACUUUUUUGUAACAAUAAGCUUUCUUGCCUAAACUCAUUUAUCUGGCACUAUCAGAGAACCAACAUGUUUGCAUUCCGGAUAUCCAAAGCUUGCUCCUUUAGGUGAUGAAUCUUUACUAUUUAAACCACUUUUUUGAUGACAGUAUUUCUAAAAUGCAUCAAUCUUCCUUGCCCUAUUAAACAGAGUAGACUGAAAAAAAUUUAGCUUGUUUUGAUGUGGUUUUUUAAUGCAAAUAAAUAGCUGUUCUGUGCUGUGAUAAACCGUUGCUCAGGGA